AUGAGUAAAAGAAGUAGAGAGUUCGAGUGCGUAAAUAACCCGCACAAUCUGGGCGACGUAAGUGAUGAGCACGGAGAACGUUUUCACCAGCAAAUGAAGGCUGUGGAGCGGCGGUAUCACGGCUUCUGGGAUGCAACCAUGAUGGCCGGAUACAGUUCCGCAAGGCGUGGUGGACAUGUCAAAGGUGCUCGAAGUGACAGGGGCAGAACAAGUGACGGGACAUCCGCAUUCUUUGGCAUUGACGAGUCCGGACAGGGUCACUUUUGUCAAAGCCGCGAGCAGGGAAGAUGCCAGAUGGUGGGCAGAACUUUUGGCUGUCUUCCCCAGGAGACACAAGAGAAAUGCCACCUUUCCAGUCCACCGUUUACGAGUUACAAGCGAAUUGUUGUAGGUGGUAGGGCUUCUCCAAGCCUUCCGCAGCUGGGGAGGAGCGCCUCGCCGCAGCCUCCAAGGCCGCGCCAUCUCUCCGUUUCUGGGCCUAGUCCGCGCGCCAAUUUCGAGACGCCGCCCCUAAAGGAGGAGCGGGAGUCGCCGCCGAAAGACCAAACGGACUCCAAUAGGCAUUCCUGGACUCCCGAACGGAGUCCAGGCUUGCAGAUCGACCCCCUGCCAACGCCAGUGAGAAAUGAUUAUUUAAUAAGUUCUGGUUCGCCACCUACAAGGGACAAGUUGAGGUGUGACGAUAAGGCUAGAGCUAGACGAGAUUGGCGGAACGAGAGGUUAAGGGAUAUUGCCACAGCUCUUACGGAUAGAUCACCCGAAUCUAGUCUAGCUCUGCCUUCAGAGGGUCUUCUACAUCUUAAAAAGGGUUGGUUGUGGGUAAAAUCCGAUGGUACGUACGUCAAACGUUGGGUGGUGCUAUGUGGACCAACCCUGAACGUCUACCAAGACCAAGACGAGCACUCAUCCCCAGAAAACGUAAUAGAAAUGGCUUCGGUAACAAGCUACAGCGAGGUACCGACAGACACAAAAUACGGUUUCGAAAUUGUCUGGGGCGGCCCUACAAUCACUCUAAGCGCUGUAACGCAAGGCAUACGAACAAACUGGCUGCAAGCUUUGAAGAAAGCUGCACCCAUAGCAGCUGAAAGCCCUGUCAGCCCAGCUACACCGAGAUCUUUGCUGCUGUCUAGCGAUGAGGAGUACAGGACAGCUUCAGAGGGUGGUCGUAGGGGUUCUGAGGAUUGGAGCGAGUUGCCCCCUUCGCCCCCCUUGAGUCGGCUGACCCUCGGCAAGGUCAAGGACCGCACAAGGUUGAGGCCUAGGUUGCCGAGGUGUCAAUCCAGACAGUCGACUUUGGAUAGCACUUCCACGGAUGAGUUGGAUAGCGUUAAGGCACCAAUAGACGUGGUGGAGUCGAAUAACACUAAAAACUCGGAGGUUGUCGAAAUACAAAGGCAACUUGCGAACGCUUUGGGCGAAGUGCAGGUUUUGGAAGAAGAAAUUGCAAGAUUGAAGAAGGUUCAAUCGGAAGCAAUGUCUCGCGAGAAGAAGAGCAAGGAGGAUCUGCUGGCCACUCUGGAUCGCACGGAGAAGGAUUUAAACCAAAGAAACUUUGACGCCGAACUGAAGUUCCUCAAGGAACAGAGGUCCACUCAAAGGCGACUCUCUGAAGCUGAAGAAGCCGUUCGAAUAAAUGAAGAAAAGUGCAGUUCGCUGAACAGAGAGUUGCAAGGGAAGCAGAGAGUAGUGUUGAACUUGCAGGAAGAGUUGGAGAUUGCCAACGAAAGACUGGCAAGGACUAGACAGGACAACGACAGGCUGUACAAGAAGAUUCAGGAGAUUGAAGGGCGGAUAACUUACCAUCAAAACUACACGGUGGACUCUCUAACAGACCUGACGAACAUAGAUCUGGACGUGGACCUGGCCGAGAUGGGCCAGGAUCUGCUGAAAGAGUACUGUUUGGAUCUCAAAUGUCGUUUCGAGAAGGCUGUUAUAGAAAUCAGAGCCGUGAAACGAGAGCUACGCGAGGCCUACGAAAAAUCCGACGCGCUCGAGUUGGACAACUACGGCUUGGUGAAUCGGAUCGAGAUUUUGAGUACAGAGCACCAAGCCGAGGUCAACUUGUUGGUUGCUAGAUUGGACCAUUUGACGGCCAAAUUGGGCACCGCCGAGAAACAGUUAAGGGUUAAAUCAAAAGAUAAAAGGAGGUCGUUGUCGUUGAAGGGGCGGGAGAGUUUCUCCAUCAACAAGGAGGUCGAGGAUAAAGUGACGGAAUUGGAGGCGAAAAUUUUGUCCAUGGAGAGGGGUAGAACGAGGCGGAAAUACAAAAGGGACAAAAGCAACGAGAGGGUUUCACCUAUUGACGAUAAAGCUUUGAGGAGGCUGCGACGCAAAAGUUUGGACAGCGCCACGUCAUCGGAACCGAUGAAGUUGCUGAUGAGGUUGAGCACUUUGGAGUCCAAAGUUACGAACGUAAACGCCUCCAACGAGUCUUUGAACGUUCUCACUUCGAGUGCGGUGGAUUUGACGAAGUUGAGGGAGGAAAGCUUGGAGGAAAUACUGAGGAAAGCCAAGGUGAAAGUGGAGGAGUGCCUGCGUAGUUUAUCGACGUUGAAGUCGGAUAAACUGUCACCUCUGCACGAUCUGAAGGAUAUUUUGAACGUGGAUGUUCAAAGAGUCGGCAGUGACGAAGCGGAAGUCAUUAAUGUGUCCACCGUGAGUGUGGUGAAGCAGUUGCAAUCCUUGUUGAUGGAGAAGUUGACGGCUUUGGCCGAGAAGAAGAGAUUGCUGCAGGAGAGCGACAAAUUGGACGGGAAGUCGCGUUUGCAGAUUCUCGCGGAGAAAAUCGCGUAUGAGAACGUUUUGGUGGCGAGGAUACAGGAGGCGCUGGUAAACGGUUCUAGCGAUGAAGUUUGCAGCAGAUUGAUCACCAAGGAGACGCGCGAAACCGCGCACCUCAUGAUCAAUCUGCAAAGCAAACUCAACGGCGGUUUGCUGAAGCAGCAAGUUUCUAACCACGGUGCGGAGUACCUGGUGAAAAUCCUGACCAAGUGCUUGAUAAACUCGUCGCGCGGUUUCAAGUCCAUCAAGAACUUCACCGCGAAUAAAAACCCGUCGCUGAAUAUUUUGAGGGAGGAACGAGACAAGUUGGAUGCCAUAGUGAAGAGUUAUAAGGCGAAUAAGCUUCCGCACUUGGCUGAGGCUCUCGCAUUGGAAACCAUGAACCUAGCCGCGGAUAAAACUUGUAGACUGCGGUCUUUAAGCAACGAGACCGUGGAUAUUCUGCAUAGAACCGCCAGAGAAUCUGUUAACUCGGAGUUGAUUCAAUCGGAGAUCAACCACGUUCUUCUGCGGGCGGCUCAGGUGUACCAAUCGAACAUCGAGUCGGAUCAAACGUUUUUCUUCAGCUUCUUCGCAGCUGAAAGAGCUGCGCUGGAGUUGUGGUCGGAUUCGGUGGGCGAGUGUCUGCAUUCAGAGGUGAAUCAGUGCCUCCAAGAGCUGACGGAUUUGUACCAAACGAGCCUGAGUAAAAUGCAGAAGCAGAACUUUCGAAGGCGCGUGGAGUCGGAGAGGAACUCCAAAUCCCCUUCGAACAUGCUGGUGGAGUUCGCUGACAUCAUAGCUCAUAAAGCUUUAAUCGACGCCAGGAUGAACGUUUUGACCGGGAGACACGCCGACUACUUCAACUGCGAACGCGAAGACUGCGAUGUAACUCUCCUCUUGAACAACGACAACGAUUGGGGGGCUUUGGAGGCAUCCGCGCCGUUGAGUGGGAGUUUGCGGGCGGAGUUCUCCUGCAUGGUGGAGGGGUUCGGGGAGGAGUGCUACGCGCUUUUGGAGGGGCCGGAGUUGGAGGAGGUUUGCGGUUGUCUGGACGAGUUGGCCGAUAAAGUUCGACAUCUGCAGCAGUUCGCCAACGUGGCUGUCGUCGAUGGUGGGGGUGAUGGUGUUGGGGGUUGGAGGGACGUCUGCAGGAGGUGCAGGAGUUUGAGGGAUGAUUUGGAGGGGGUGCGGAGCGUGCUGGCCAGAGGAGGAUCUUUCAGAAGAUCGGAAUCUUUGGAGGACCAGCGCCCGGUCUACUUGGGAACCGAGUACCUAACGCAGGUGGAGAACCUGCGCGCGGCUUACCGCUGCGCGCUCGCCUCGUGCAAGGAGCGCCACCAAUCGACCGACAUCGAGCAGCUGCGCAACCUGUGCGAGCGCGUGCUCGGCUCGAUGGAGCAGUGGCACCGGCGCACCAUCCAGGAGCUGCGCGAGGCGCACGCGCACGAGAUGCAGUCGCUGCGGCGCGACAAGGAGCAGGCGCUCGCAGAGGAGACGCAGGCCACUUUGGCCGCGCUGGACGCGAUGCGCAAGGCGCACGAGGCGGAGGUGCGCCGCGAGGUGGCGCGCUUCAAGCAGGAGUUCGCGCGCCAGCAGCGCGACGAGAUCGUCGACUUGAAGGAGCGGCUGUCGGUCAAGUCGCUCGAGGCCAAGGCGCUCGAGGAGCAGCUGGCGCACGCGCAGCACCACAUCGCGCAGCUCGAGAGGAACCCCCUGCUCUCCUUGAUGCAGAACUGAUGGCGUGUGUCCGAUCCAAGCAACUUACUAGUCUUAACAAGCCUCAUACGUAUACCAGUUUUUUUUUAGAUGAAUAAAUAAUUUAGAUGGACGAGUACAAUAUAUAAUCACCGUUAUGUACAGAUCAUUGCACUUCUUCUUCUUUAAUUCGUUUUUUGUUUUUAACCCCCUUUCCGUCUGAUGUUCUGUUUUUAUUUAUUUUUACCUCAUAAAAAAGUUAUAUUCGUUAGGUGUACAAAUUGAUAUUAGACCAUAGAACCUUUUUGUAACAGUUUAUUGUUUAUAUGUGUUGGGUUUAUAUAUAAUAUAUAAAGUUAU